AUGGGAGGGAGCUGCGCGCAGAGGCGCCGAGCCGGCCGGCCACAGGUACUCCUCCCCUUCCUGCUGCCUUUGUUCUGCCCCGCGCUCGGCGAGCCGAUCCGCUACUCUAUCCCCGAGGAGCUGGCCAGGGGCUCGGUGGUGGGGAACCUGGCCAAGGACCUGGCGCUCAGUGUGCGGGAUGUGUCUGCUCGGAAGCUGCGCGUUAGCGCCGAGAGCCUGCACUUCCAGGUAGACGCGCAGAGCGGGGACUUGCUUGUGAAGGACCGAAUAGACCGCGAGCAGAUCUGCAAAGAGCGAAAGCUGUGUGAACUGCAGCUGGAAGCUGUGGUGGAAAACCCUCUGAAUGUUUUUCAUGUCGUUGUGGUGAUUGAGGACAUUAACGACCAUGCCCCUCAGUUCGAUCAAAAAGAAAUACAUUUAGAAAUUCUGGAAUCUGUAGCCGCUGGCGCACGAAUACCCCUUGAUGCUGCCACUGAUCCCGAUAUAAACACAAACUCCAUUAAGGAUUAUCAAAUAAGCCCUAGCCCUUAUUUCUCUCUAAUGGUGAGAGUCAAUUCUGAAGGAGGCAAAUACCCAGAGUUAUCCCUGGAGAAAACCCUAGACCGAGAAGAGCACAGACAUCAUCGCUUGACACUGACCGCCUGGGAUGGAGGGGACCCGCCCCGAAGCGCCACCGCUCGUAUAGACAUCUUGGUUAGGGACACCAAUGAUAACCAUCCCGUGUUCAGCCAGGACGAAUACCGAGUGAGCCUCAGUGAAAGUCUUCCCCCAGGAUCCUCCGUGUUGCAGGUGAUGGCCAGUGACCAGGACGAGGGGAUCAAUGCGGAAAUAACGUACUACUUACGCAGCACUGCCCAGAGCACGCGGAACACAUUCUCUCUGGAUGACAAGACAGGCGUGAUUAUAAACAACCAGUCAUUGGAUUUUGAACAGGUAGAAAGAUACACCAUGGAAGUGGAAGCACGAGACGGAGGAGGUCUCUCCACGCAGUGUAAAGUCAUCGUAGAAAUCCUGGACGAAAACGACAACAGUCCGGAAAUCAUCAUCACUUCGCUGUCCGACCGGGUUCUGGAGGAUUCCCCUCCAGGCAUGGUCAUAGCCCUCUUCAAAACUCGCGAUCGGGAUUUUGGAAGAAACGGGGAAGUUACGUGUACUAUAGAAAGAGAUCUUCCUUUCAAGAUUCAUUCUUCUUCCAGUAACUUCUACAAGUUGGUGACAGAUGGGCCUCUAGACCGCGAGCAGACCCCGGAGUACAACAUCACCAUCACAGCCACUGACAGAGGCAAGCCACCACUCUCCUCCAGUUCAGUCUUCACCCUGCGCAUUGGCGACGUCAACGACAACGCGCCUGUCUUCCAGCAGCCCUCCUACGUGGUCCACGUGGCAGAGAACAAUCCCCCAGGAGCCUCCAUCGCGCAGGUCAGCGCCUCCGACCCCGAUCUGGGCUCCAAUGGUCAGGUCACCUACUCCAUCGUGGCCAGCGACCUGGAGGCACAAACGCUGGCGUCCUACGUGUCAGUGAGCGCACACAGCGGCGUGCUGUUCGCGCAGCGCGCCCUGGACCACGAGCAGCUGCGCGCCUUCCACCUCACGCUGCAGGCCCGCGACCAGGGCUCGCCCGCACUCAGCGCCAACGUGAGCGUGCGCGUGCUGGUGGGCGACCGCAACGACAACGCGCCGCGCGUGCUGUACCCGGCGCUGGCGCCCGACGGCUCGGCGCUCUUCGACACGGUGCCGCGCGCCGCCGAGCCCGGCUACCUGGUCACCAAGGUGGUGGCGGUGGACGCCGACUCUGGCCACAACGCCUGGCUCUCGUACCACGUGCUGCAGGCCAGCGAGCCCGGGCUCUUCAGCCUGGGGCUGCGCACGGGCGAGGUGCGCACAGCGCGCGCCCUGGGCGACAGGGACGCGGCCCGCCAGCGCCUGCUGGUGGCUGUGCGCGAUGGCGGCCAGCCGCCGCUGUCUGCCACCGCCACGCUGCACCUGGUCUUCGCGGACAGCCUGCAGGAGGUGCCGCCGGACCUGAGUGAGCACGCGGCGCCCUCGGACCCUCAGGCCGAGCUGCAGUUUUACCUGGUGCUGGCCUUGGCCGCCAUCUCCGUGCUCUUCCUGCUCACGGUGAUCCUGGCCAUCGCGCUGCGCCUGCGCCGCUCCUCCAGCUCCGCAAUGGGAGGCUGCUUUGGGUCCGUUAUAUGCUCAAAGCCUGGGAAUGGAAUUGCCCCAAACUUUAUCGAGGGGACUUUACCUUAUUCCUACAAUAUGUGUCAUACACACACAGGUACGGCAGAGUUUAAUUUCCUAAAAUAUAGUGCGGCUUUGCAUUCCACUCAAGAUGUAGUUUUUAGUGAUUCUCCUGGAGCCUUAAUUCCAGUUCAUGAUGGGGAUGGAUUCACGCCUGAACCAGAGACUCUAACACCGGUGAGUUACCUCUGUAUCGGCUCAGGGCUGCAGCAGAACUGA